AGGAAAUGCGCAUGAGCGUCUGUUAUAGUGCCACAGCCUACGUGAUAGUCUGAUAGAAAAGGAGAACACACAGCAAAUUGUGCCAGAGUGAAGUGUGUUCGCUGCAUGAGAUCUCUACUCUGCCGCCACUAACUGAGGGGUCCCGCCGCCUCGUUCUCCGACGAAAGCACGCUCUGCCACGUGGAACGCUAACUAGCGGUGACGUCAUCGCAAGCCCUCUGGUCGCAUAAAUCACUUGCGUCGAGCAUCGAAAACAUGACCUCAGACGUAUCCACGGUCAUUGAAGAUAACGUGGUGAAAACUCGUGCGACCAACGCUGUCGUUCCAGACGUCGACUUUGGAACCUUCUUCAGCGAUGUAUGGCGAAAACAUGCAGAUCAAAAGGCGCUGGCCGAUGUCAGGCUGGACAUGCGGUACACUUUCGGUGAGCUGUUGGACGCCUGCCACCGGGUAGCUGCCGGCCUAGAGAAGUGCGGACUGCGCAAGGGUGACGUGGUUGCAUUCCACUGCGUCAACAGCUGCGAGCUAGUUGUCGCCAUGUGCGGGACAUAUUUUGCUGGUGGCAUCACUUCUUUGAUCAAGACAAGCCUCAACGAAGGAGAAGCUCGUCACCAGUUAAUGGAAUGCCAACCGAAGUUUGUUUUCUUUGAGAUUGAAAACAUGAAGAAAAUUAUGGGUGCUUGCGAAGGCAUUGCUUCGGUGAAGAUGUUCUUUCUCACCACUGGAGCCUGCGAAGGGGCACGGAAUCUAUCGGAACUAAAGCAAACUCCUCUCGGGGACCACGAGACCAACUUGAACAUUAGCGCAGGCACGGUGUUGGCGAUACUGUUCUCCAGUGGCUCUACGGGUCUGCCGAAAGGUGUGGUUCUGACUCACGGGAACCUCAUAAGCCAUGUAGUAGCUCACUGGUACAUGAACGACCCUCCUGUGCUUGAGAAAGGCGACGUUUACCUCGCCGUACCACCGAUCAUGCAUGUCGGUGGAUUCUGGUCAGCUUUUUGCUACCUGGGACUUGGCUGCGAAGUGGUUCUCGUUCACACAUGGGACUUCGAUGUCAUCUUGCCUGCCAUUGAAAAAUACAGGCCUACAAUGUUGGGGCUACUUCCCACAUUCAUCCGGAAGUUGGAUCAGCACCCACUACUGGAGCAGGUGGACACCAGCAGCGUCAAAAAAGUGAUGAUUGGAGGGAGCCCACUGAGUUCAUCUCGGCUGCAAAGCGUCGCCAGGAAGCUCGGUUUGAGAGGAAUCAUACAAAUGUUUGGAAUGACAGAGUUGGCGGGCUGCAUGACAAUGUCGUCGCCACUAGGGCAUGACUUCAAGAGCCUCGGCAAGCCCGUGCCAUUCAUGGAAGUUAAAGUUGUUGAUAUGCUCACCAGAAAGCCUCUGGGACCUGAGGAGAGAGGAGAAAUUUGCAUCAAAGGCCCCUGUACUUUUCUGGGCUACCUGAACAAACCGAAAGAAACGGCUGACGCCUACGAAGAUGGCUUCCUUCGUACCGGUGACAUGGGCUACUACUCGGCCGACGGCCGCAUCUUCGUGUGCAGCCGCUACAAGGAGCUGAUCAAGUGCAUGGACCAGCAGGUGCCGCCGGCCGAGAUCGAAGAGCUACUGGCCGCCGAUUCUCAAGUGCAGCACGUGGUUGUGGCAGGAGUACCGCAUGCGCAGUACGGAGAAGCCGCCAGGGCAUUCGUUGUUCCGCGGCGCCGCCCGGAGGGACCCGUCGAAGAGCAGCGGGAGGCGGACAGGCUCAAGCAACUUGUCGCGGGGAAGCUGUCCCACCACAAGCACCUCCAUGGGGGUGUAGAGUUCCUGGAGAGCAUCCCUCAUACCGGGAGCGGUAAAGACCGGCGAAAAGACCUAAAGAAUUCUUACUUGCGUAAAUUUGGCCAAGCAGUGAAGAACGAGCUUAAAUGAAAAAUCCCGCUAUCACUCGUAUACGGCGUGUACUGCAUACACGGCAGUGAAGAAGCCUUAGCAGUACAGAAGCGCACCCCCUCCCCUCCCAACAAUAUGCCCAAGUAAAUACAACGAGCAUCAUUAAAAAGUGGGACUACAAUAUUAAAAAAAAAACAUGAUUGGCCUGUCUUAAGUGUGUUCAAGGUAUCUAAGGAAGCCCCGUUUGUUAUUUCUGUAAGGAUACUUGUCCAUAAUAGUUGUUGAUGUAAAGCACAUACUCGGUUUGUUGUUUGUUUAUUAACUGUAGAUACACGGGAAGGUAAGCAACAUUGGAGAGCCGGCAAUCUCAAGACACCGUUAGGAACUGAGGCUAGCCCUUUCCCUAUCUCACGCGCACUCAUGUUCUCCAAACGCACAAGCAUACUAAGCCUACAAAAAAUAUCUGAACUUAAGGAAAAAAUGCAGUUAAAUUGAUGCUAAGCAUCCGCGGUGAGUAGAAAAAGUUUAUGCGAACUGUGCGUUAAGAACACUUUUACUCUCGCCCACGAAGGCCAUUUUUCAAGUACUCCUAAAGUGAAGGCUCUAUGUAAGCAGAAAUCACGAGAAUCUGCAAUCAAAUCACAUCAGUCAGCUUGCUCUGCACAAUAACACCCCAUACGCUGUCAAACCAUGACUAUCAUCCCAGAUAAUGGCACUAUCCGAAUUCUCUACCUUAUGGACAAGUAACACUACUGUGACGCGAUGG